AUGGAAACGAUACACCUCGAAGACCUCACGAAAACGGUUCCGGGCUCCAGACGUAUGAUCUCGCUCGAAGACGCAAAGCCCACGCCGGACGGUGCGGCCGUCGUAGCGUCCAGCACCCCCUUUGUUCCCCCGCCCACGAUCUCGACAAUGGCGCCAGAUGCGCGUGUUACUUCUACAUCUACGUACAGACGCAAACCGCGCGUGACGUACCGCUCGCCCUCGGCGACGUACCAGCCCGGCCCGCGCGUCGAAGGCCAGCUCCCGCCCAACUUCGGCUACCCGCCGCCCCGCCGACCUCGCUCGCCGCCGCGACCGCUCUACCCCACCUCCUUGCCCUCCGACGCUACAUCGUCCGCUUCCGGCAGCAACAGCACGGGCUCGACCAAGCUGCCCUUCGCCGAGCUCCGGGCCACGAUCGCGUCCGAGGCGGCGAAGGGCGGCGACAGGUACCGCAAAGUGCUCCACGCUCGCGCGCAGACGUCCGCCGCGCGCGCGCACUCGCUGUACCACCCCGCGGGCCGCCUCGCGCUCUCGCUCCCGCCUCUGGAGCCCGCGUCGCUCGCGGGCGCUGCGGACUACUCGACGCUGUACCGCCAGCUCCCGCCGCCGGCCGUCGUGAAUGUAGAAGCCCCGCCAUCCAGCAACGGGAACGGGAGUCGCGAGCGCCCGCAGCGCGCGCGCCAGCCGGCGGCGAAGCUGAGGGAGGAGGAGAGGAUUGCGGUGCAAGGGGCGCUGGCGCUCGCGGCCGGGCGCGGCGCCGACGUAGGGGACGAGGGCGAAGUGGAAGAGGGCGGGGUGAGGGAGCGCAGCCCGAAGAAGAGGCGGGCGGCGGGAGGGGUGGGCACGGCGAAGAGGAGGAGGGUGGCGAGGGAGCGCGAGGAGGAGGAGGGAGAGGGGUAUGCGGCUCCGCCGAAACGCACGCCGAGGGCGCGUAGGAGGGAGGCGCCGGUGGAGGAAGAGGAAGAGGAGGAGGCUGGUGAGGAGGGUGCGGGUGCGGGUGCGGGUGGGGAGGAGGGACAGGGCGAGCAGGAUGCGGAUGUGUUGCCUGGCAAGCCGGCAAGGAGGGGCGCGGCGAAGAGUGCCAGGCCGCGCGCGAGGAGGGCGCCUGCGAGUGCGACGAGGAGGAGGGAGCCGAGUCCGGUACUGAGCGAGGCAGCGACGGAAACGAGCUCGAUUCUGAAUGUGCAAGCGCAGCCGGGCGCGGAGCCGGCGAAGAGGCGGACCGCGGCACGGAAGAGCGCGGGUGGUCGGAGGGCACGCGCUAGUAGGGUCAAGGUGGAUCAGGAGGCCGAGGUGCAGGCCGAAGUGGAAGGUGAUCCCGAUGCCGAGGCCGCAGGAGAGGAGAAGUCCGGAGGUGCCGAGUCCGCGUCUGCGUCUGCGGAAGGCGUGGAGGAGGAGACGACUGCGAUGCAGGUCGAUGUGGACGCGGACCCUGCUCAAAUGCCUGUCGAGCCGGAUGUGGACGCCCGACCGGAAGCGGGCGUCGUUCAAGAAUCGGCGCUGGUGGAGCCUGAAUCGGGCCCGGGGGACCCGCCGCCGCCGCCGCCGCCGCCGCCGCCGCCGCCUGCGAAUGACACUGCACCAGUUCAAGACCCGGCGGAGGAGAGUGCGGCCCAGACGGAAGAGCUGGCGAUGGCCAUCGACCCCGCACUCAUGGCCGAGUCGGCUGCUGCUAUCGCGCUGGGCACGCAGGUGCACGUUCCGGCCGACGAGCAUCGUCAAGGCGUAGUUGCCCCGGUUGCUUGAACUCAAAGCAGCGUCUGCUCUGUGCAUUAUAUCGUCAUAUCUCACCCCCGAUUAAGGCGGUUGUUUGAUUUUAACAUACUGUGCGUUUCCGGUGUGUACCUCUCCAUUACGAUCAAUAUCACGGUUUCUUGUCAUAGUAAUUUUAGUUCCGGCGCAGAGCAUGCAAAGGACAUAUGAACGUU